GGAUUUGAACCAUUGAAGAAAGGAUCAACUCCUUACUCAGCGACAGUCCAAAGCCCCGGAAAUGAUGCAAUGUGACCUUUGUGAGACUGUUAAGGUAGAGGUACGCUGCGAUUCUUGUCUUGUCAACCUCUGUAAGGCUUGUGUUGGAGCACACAUGAUCUCUGAUGAAUGCACGGACCACAAACUCAUCAAAUAUCAGUCCAGGAAACCUAACCGCCUCUACCCUGAAUGUAAAUAUCAUAACAAGCAACAUUGUACAAUGUACUGUAACAAAUGUAAGAUUCCCGUUUGUAAAAUGUGUCUUGCAUCUGGUCAACAUCUAAGUCAUAAGUUGUCAGAAAUCUUGAAAGCUGUGAAUGAAAAAAAGGAUAAAUUAUUCAAAGAACGACACGAACUAAAUGAGAUUAUUUAUCCGACCUACCAGCACAUUGCCUCUGAUGUACAAAAUAGAAUGAAUCAUUUGGAAAAGAUAUAUGGAGAUCUUUCUGCAGCAAUAACAGAACAUGGCAGGGCCUGGCACACAGAAAUUGAAAAACGUUCAUUGAAACUACAGGCCAAAGUUGAAAAGAUGAAGAAGACACAGUUACAAACGCUGCAGAAACAUCUGGAUGAAAUAAAUAAAAACAUAUCUGACAUAAGGAAUGACAUCAAAUCAAUUGAAAGAACUAUAGAUGCUGAUGACAUGUCAAAACUAUUAAGGGUCACCUCUAAUGUUCACCUUUACAGUAAUCUUCCACAGAAAAUUGCUCCUUCUUUACCAAAAUUCAUUCCAGGAGAGGUUCAAGGCGAAGAAUUCGAUAAACUAUUUGGAAUCUUAUUACCAAGUUCUUUAACAUUAGAUGAAAAUGGUUACAGCUUGAAACCAAAAAGGAGAUCAUCAGAAGCUGAAUCCCCUUCUCAAGUCAAACAGCUGCUUGACGAACCAGAGAUUGUAACAAAUAUAGACACGGGGUUUGAGUACCUUAUCAAUGUGGCAUGUUUGAGUGACAAUGAAAUCUGGACAAGAGGAAACGACAGUACUAUGAAGCUUUACAGCAUCAAUCAGGGAUCAAUUAUCAAGUCAAUCAAAACCAAGUCAGGGAACAUACCAUGGGACAUUGCAGUGACGAAAAGUGGAGAUCUAGUUUACACCGAUAUAAGUGAUAGAACUGUGAACAUUGUGAAGAAUAAGAAGAUUGAAAAUGUCAUCAAACUCCAGAACUGGACACCUCGUGGUGUAUGUAGCACGUCCUCUGGUGACCUUUUAGUUACUAUGUGUAGUCAUGAUGACAAACAUUCGAAAAUUAUUCGUUACUCUGGCUCCACAGAAAAACAAACCAUUCAGUAUGAUGAUCACAGAAAACCUCUCUUUUCGAUAUAUACAUGUAUAACUGAGAAUAGAAAUUUGGAUAUAUGUGUCUCCGACAAUGGCAUUAGAGCUAUAGUGGUGGUAAAUCAUGCUGGGAGACUGAGAUUCAGGUACACUGGACAUUCACUUCCUCCGAAGAACAGGCCAUUUAUUCCACUUGGAAUCACCACAGACAGUCAGAGUCACAUACUCACGACUGAUGAUAAUAACCACUGCGUCCACAUUAUAGAUAAAAAUGGGCAUUUCCUCCAAUACAUAGACUGUGAACUAAGUGAACCUGUGGGACUUUGCACAGAUUUAAAUUAUAAUCUAUAUGUAGCUCAGUGGAGAAAGAGACAAGUAAAGAAAAUCAAAUAUCUGGUCAGAAGCAUCAAGUAUAGAUAAAAAAUGUAUGUUUUUUCUUGAUGAUAUUUACAAUUGCAUGUAUAUGUAUAUCAAAUCGGUUGGUGUAUUUAAUAAAAUAUCUGAUUUCGAAAAAAACAAUAACAAAUUGCACAUGAAGAAAAUGAAUGUUCUCAGUGAAAUUAGCAAAGUAAUGAAAUGUCCACUCUAUAAUGAUGCUAGCAGCAAUAAUUCAUUUCUAAGUUUGUAGAUUCAGCAUGUUCAAUAUUUUUGGAUUUGUAUAAAGUAAAGUUUGCCUCUAAGGGAACAUUUAACUGCAACGCAAAUUGAACAGUUAGCAACAAAUUUGUCGUUGCCCAGAUAAUUCAAUACCUGUCCAAUAUCAUCAUUUAUUCAAUGAUACAUCUUUCUCCUACAUAUUAUAUUUUGAAUUCAAGUCCCAAACCCCUUUAAUAGGCCAACUACAAGGGAUUUAUCCAUUUACAUUUCACGAAAUCAGAAUUAUCUCCUCAUGAAAGAAGGCCUGCAGUUCUUUCAUUUAAAAAAAAAUGAGUGUAUUGAAUCUUAAGAAGAUGAAAAUGUAAAAAAAAAAAAGUAGGACAACACGACAACUAUUAAAGGACAAUUAUUGAUCCGAAAACUCACCGAGCCUUCGGCUCAGGUGAGCUAAAAUGCAUUUCUCGUGAAUAUAUAGCCUGAUCAGAGCAUUAGUUAACGAGGAAAUCUUUUCAAUUAUAUAAAGUAGACAAAAUUUAAAUCGGCCCAUCAAAGAAAAUUAAUAUUUUACUUUUCAAAACUUGUUUUGAGGUAAUUGAUAUAUAAUUA